UCCAUUAGGGGCUCUGGUGAAGACGGAUGAACAAGAAGUAAUAAACUUCCUCCUGACCACAGAGAUCAUCCCGCUGUGUCUGCGCAUCAUGGAGUCCGGGAGUGAACUCUCUAAGACGGUGGCGACAUUUAUUCUUCAGAAGAUUCUGCUGGAUGACACCGGUCUGGCGUAUAUCUGUCAGACAUACGAGCGAUUCUCUCACGUUGCAAUGAUUCUGGGUAAGAUGGUACUGCAGCUCUCCAAGGAGCCGUCCGCCCGUCUGCUGAAGCACGUGGUGCGCUGUUACCUCCGCCUCUCCGACAACCCAAGAGCACGUGAGGCGCUGAGACAAUGUCUUCCGGACCAGUUGAAGGACACAACAUUUGCCCAGGUACUGAAGGACGAUACCACAACCAAGCGCUGGUUGGCUCAGCUGGUUAAGAACCUACAAGAAGGUCAAGUGACCGACCCCCGGGGUAUCCCACUUCCUCCUCAGUGACCUCGCAGUGAAGCAGAUGAGCGGGGGUGGCAGGAAGGUGGAGUUUUGGUCUCAUGUGACUGCACUCAAGACUUUCAUGGCCCAGAUAUCUGAUCUACCACCUCUAAGAUGGGGCUGGCGUUAUUCUUGUUGAUCAAGAAUUUUCCUCUUUAGAACCUCAUGCUGGAUCGUCUGGUCAUGGGGCUGUGGUGAUCUAGUGUCAUGUUUACAAACAACUAACCUAUAAUGAAGUUCCUUGGUUGGACUCAUCAGCUCCCGCACCUGACCCAUCGCAAAAGCUGCAGUCCCCGGACCAUCCCCUGACCCAUCGCAAAGGCUCUGCAGCCCCCUGACCAUCACCUGACCCAUCGCAAAACCUCUGUAGCCCCCUGACCAUCACCUGAUGCAUCGCUAAACCUCUGCAGCCCCCUGACCAUCACCUGACCCAUCGCAGAACCUCUGCAGCCCCCGGACCAUCACCUGAUGCAUCGCUAAACCUCUGCAGCCCCCGGACCAUCACCUGACCCAUCACAGAACCUCUGCAGCCCCCUGACCAUUACCUGACCCAUCGCAGAACCUCUGCAGCCCCCGGACCAUCACCUGACCCAUCGCAAAACCUCUGCAGCCCCCUGACCAUUACCUGACCCAUCGCAGAACCUCUGCAGCCCCCUGACCAUCACCUGACCCAUCGCAAAACCUCUGUAGCCCCCGGACCAUUACCUGACCCACUGCACAACCUGUGCAGCCCCCGGACCAUUACCUGACCCACUGAAGAACCUCUGCAGCCCCCUGACCAUCACCUGAUGCAUCGCAAAACCUCUGCAGCCCCUGGACCAUCACCUGACCCAUCGCAAAACCUCUGCAGCCCCCUGACCAUUACCUGACCCACUGCAGAACCUCUGCAGCCCCCUGACCAUCACCUGACCCAUCGCAGAACCUCUGCAGCCCUCGGACCAUCACCUGACCCAUCGCAAAACCUCUGCAGCCCCUGGACCAUCACCUGACCCAUCGCAAAACCUCUGCAGCCCCCGGACCAUCACCUGAUGCAUCGCUAAACCUCUGCAGCCCCCUGACCAUCACCUGACCCAUCGCUAAACCUCUGCAGCCCCCCGACCAUCACCUGACCCAUCGCAGAACCUCUGCAGCCCCCUGAUCAUCACCUGACCCAUCGCAGAACCUCUGCAGCCCCCGGACCAUCACCUGAUGCAUCGCUAAACCUCUGCAGCCCCCGGACCAUCACCUGACCCAUCGCUAAACCUCUGCAGCCCCCGGACCAUCACCUGACCCAUCGCUAAACCUCUGCAGCUCCCGCACCAUCACCUGACCCACUGCACAACCUGUGCAGCCCCCGGACCAUCACCUGAUGCAUCGCUAAACCUCUGCAGCCCCCGGACCAUCACCUGAUGCAUCGCUAAACCUCUGCAGCCCCCGGACCAUCACCUGAUGCAUCGCAAAACCUCUGUAGCCCCCGGACCAUUUCCUGACCCACUGCACAACCUGUGCAGCCCCCGGACCAUUACCUGACCCACUGAAGAACCUCUGCAGCCCCCUGACCAUCACCUGAUGCAUCGCAAAACCUCUGCAGCCCCUGGACAAUCACCUGACCCAUCGCAAAACCUCUGCAGCCCCCUGACCAUUACCUGACCCACUGCAGAACCUCUGCAGCCCCCUGACCAUCACCUGACCCAUCGCAGAACCUCUGCAGCCCCCGGACCAUUACCUGACCCAUCGCAAAACCUCUGCAGCCCCUGGACCAUCACCUGACCCAUCGCAGAACCUCUGCAGCCCCUGGACCAUCACCUGACCCAUCGCAAAACCUCUGCAGCCCCCUGACCAUCACCUGACCCAUCGCAGAACCUCUGCAGCCCCAGGACCAUCACCUGACCCAUCGCAGAACCUCUGCAGCCCCCGCACCAUCACCUGACCCAUCGCUAAACCUCUGCAGCCCCCCGACCAUCACCUGACCCAUCGCAGAACCUCUGCAGCCCCCUGAUCAUCACCUGACCCAUCGCAGAACCUCUGCAGCCCCCGGACCAUCACCUGAUGCAUCGCUAAACCUCUGCAGCCCCCGGACCAUCACCUGACCCAUCGCUAAACCUCUGCAGCCCCCGGACCAUCACCUGACCCAUCGCUAAACCUCUGCAGCUUCCGCACCAUCACCUGACCCACUGAACAACCUGUGCAGCCCCCGGACCAUCACCUGAUGCAUCGCUAAACCUCUGCAGCCCCCGGACCAUCACCUGACCCAUCGCUAAACCUCUGCAGCCCCCGCACCAUCACCUGACCCAUCGCAGAACCUCUGCAGCCGCAUAGUCCACUGCCCGCCAUCUUUGCUCUUUCCCUCACUGUGUCACAUUACAAAAGAGAAGAAACUGAAUACAAUUUUUUUAUAUUUUGGCUACGAAGAUGUUCAAUAAGUUGUUUGCGAACUGUUUUCUGAAGUGUGCGCGAAGCGUUCCAAAAAGUAGAAUGUGGAUCUUCAUGUGCUGCAGGUUUUAAUAAAUAAUGAAACCACUGGC